AUGACACAUGCAGAAUAUGUACAGCACCACACAGGAAUCAAGAAAUUGAAGCCUGCUGAUUUCGCACAAGCAGCAGAAGACGAACGAAGAAAAAGACCAUAUUCAAAUCCCGUGAUGAGAGCACUGUCAUGGGCUCAAACUAAAGCUGAGUCAGUGUAUUUGCUAGAGAGCGAAUCGACUUUGACAACUUUCAACCUAAACAGGGACCCAGUAGCACACAAGGUGAAAGUGGUAGAGGCAUGUUACGCACCUGGUAUAUUUUUGGAUGGUGCACUGUUGACUACUGCCAUGAAGGACUGUCUGUGGUCAGAGGCUUUUCACAAGAAGGUGUCCGAAUUUGUAGCGAAGAAUAUAACCGCUGACAUUGGGCUCAACAGCCAGGAUCUUAUGCAGUUGCAUACAACCCCGUCAUUAUCCUUUAAUUGUCCCCUGUUGCCAAAUAACCCGGAAUAUAUGAUGAAGACAAAAGACAUGACAUUUUACUUCAUGGUGUAUGCAUCCAAGAAGCAACACAAAUCAUCAAAUGAGUCCAUGAUACUGGUGAAACGCAAGAACUCACUGCCCCCAAACUUGAUGGGUUGGGGUGACCGUUACAUUUCCCACUUUUCCGUACCAAUCUAUCUGGAUGGUAUAUCUGCUGCAUUGCAGCAAACAUUUGAAGCUCUGCAGUCAAAGAGGGUGACAGCUAACGACAGUAGUGUUGGUGCUGUAGAAGCUACCUGGGAUUCAACUGCAAAUGAAGACAGUGUGCGGUUGACAACACAAAAUGGAAAGAUCACAGUCAAAAACCAGCUGCAAGUAUUUGAGCAAAUCACAUGA